AAGACAUUUGUCAGUCAUCGUCGUGAAAGCGAUUGUUGGCUAGGCGGAUUGUUGUGAUGAUCUGCUUGAUUAAACGUGAACAAUGUCCAAUUUUUUACGAAGUCUGGUUUUCGGAGUAUUCCUUAGCCUCGCGAAUACCAGCGUGUCUCACCCAUGGUAUGAAACUUUACCCGCGGUGGCCUUAGAUUACAAAGUUCAUAUUGAUGCCGGAAAAGAAGAUUGUUACUUUCAAUAUGUUAAUGCUGGAGCUACUUUCUAUGUAAAUUUUCAGGUAGUACGUGGUGGAGAUGGAAAAGCUGGUUUUGCAGUAAGAAAUCCAGAUGGAAUAAUAGUUCAUCCUUACCAAUGGCUUCCUAAUUCAGAUUAUCAAGAUACUGUGAAAAAUGCUGGUUAUUACAGUAUUUGUAUAGAUAAUCAAUUUUCCAGAUUUGCUUCAAAAUUAGUUAAUUUAUAUAUCACAGUGAUUAGAUAUGAUGAAUGGGACAAAUAUACAAGAGAAUUGGAAGAAUUAAAUCUUUCUGUGGAAAACUUUACGUCUGCAAUAACAAAUGUGGAGAGAAAUAUUAAUGAAAUGUUGCAAACUCAACAUUUGAGCAGAAGUAAAGAAGCCAGAGACUUAAAUUUGUUAUUAGAUAACAAUUCUUAUGUUCAAACAUGGUCAAUUGCACAAAUAAUUGUCAUAUUGGUAACCACAACAGUACAAGUAUAUUUUGUACGAAAAUUAUUUGAAGUGAAACCAUCUAGAUAUUCUAGAGCAGGUAUAUAAAUAUAAUUGACGUAUAUGUAUUACAUAAAAAUGAACAUGCUCAAUGAAGAUACAUUUUUUUUAUCAUAACGAAUAAAAAAUUUAUCUAAUUUUUCAUUUAAAAAUAUAACAUCUCUUUGUCCAAGAGAUUUAUUUAAGUUAAUAUUGGUAUUUUUAAUAUUAAGUAGCAAUAUUCCUUUUUCUUCUCAGAAAAAACUGAAAAGUUUGCCUUUCAAGACUGUAUUAUAUCAUAUUUACAUAUUCCAUCUUAUAUUAUAAUUAUAUAUGUUUGUUUUAUAUUCUCAAGUUUUAGUGAAAAAGUAUAA